CAUCGUUUUUACCGUUGGAAAUGGGUACUCCUAAUAGUGAGUUCGAUACUAUCGUGUCCCAGAUGUGCGUAUUAGUUUGGAAUACACGGCGUGGUGAUAGUCACACAGAUGCUAACUAGCACUUUCACAAUUAGAACUCUCGGAGCGACUGUGGAUGCAUCACUGACUGAUCCUGGCGCACCAGUUCCGAAACAGAAACGCACACUUGCUGCCCUUAGCGCCGUUUGUUUCGCCUCCCUUGCUGCGUCUAUUACCAUAACUGUGCUUGGGCAUACGCUGUCUUAUCAUGCGGCUAGUGAUGGCGCUGCAUUCCUGAACGUUACUCCGCCCCACCUGAAUAUUUGCAUGUUAACAAGUGCUCUGUCCCACCUUGCUAUUGCAGAAAUACGCAGCUACUUCCGUGCCGCCCUUAUACGACUAUGUUCUAAGCGUGAUCCGACAGAUAGCAUAAAACUGCAGUUUGACAAGCGGAAGUCCUAUUUCAUCCUUCGCGGGUAUCUGGCCUUUGCCUGGAAGCAGCUUCUCGUCUUGUCAGUCAUUGAUACCGCUAUCCACAUAUGCGCCUAUUAUAAAGGAGUCAAUGCCGUGGACAGUUCUACCACACUUGCCCUAUGUGCAACCUGGAGCCAGAUAUUCAAACAAAUGUUCCACUGGAGGAUUCUCGACGUUAUCCGCAACAAGAUCAUUGCUAUUGAGACAUCCCGAAGAUGUGGCCGCCUUACAGAAUACUUUUAUUCAGUUAGAUAUUCUGAAUGCGUGCUGCAGACACUUAGCCAUUCAGUUGCCAGCAUUGGUUGGCACUCGAUCCUGCCAAUUAUUUCCAUGGCUGUAUUCUCCAUUGUUGAAGCACUGAGGAAGAAGAGUAAGGUUCAGUCGAGGCCUACAUUCUACUCUGGUCUGUAUACGCUGCUCCAAAACAUGCGCACGGUCAAGUUCUACGGCUGGGAGAGUGGAUUCAAAAUGGUUCGCACAUCCAGUGAUCGUCCUCAAUAUGUUCCACCCCUAUUUUGGCGCAUCGCAAGCUAUAUUGUCACCCUCAUCGGCAGCUCGGCUAUUCAGCUCGUGACUGCUCUGACUGUUGGGUCGUAUCUCCGGUCGUCUGGAACGUUGACGUUUACUGAGGUGAUGAUAGUAGUAUCGUCGGCAACACAUAUCGCAGGAUUUGCCUUGAGGUGUUCAAGCGUUUCGUCUGAUAUUCGAAGCAUCCAUAAAUAUGCAACUGCACUAGAGAGGAUAUUCGAGGACGACUCUAGCAGGUACAUCGAGUCUGCUGUUCAAGUAGGCGAUACUGCAGUAGAGCUCGACAGGUGUGCAUUCCAGUGGGGUCCUGACAAGUUCACUCUUGCACCAACGACACUGCAUGUCAAGACUGGCGAGUUUGCAGUGGUUGUUGGCAGAAUCGGAAGUGGAAAAUCGUCGCUGUUGUCUGCUAUCUGCAGUGAGAUGCCGCUGGUUUCAGGCACAGGGUGCACAUACGGUCGGAUCGGGUAUGUCAGUCAGAAGCCAUGGAUCAUGAAUGCGACAUUCCGUGAAAACGUGCUGUUUGGCCAGGCCUUUGACGAGAAGUUCUACUGGCGCGUUGUCGAGGCAUGUGCACUAGCUGAAGAUGUCAAGCUGUUUCCGGCGCAAGAUUUGUCAGAGAUCGGACCGCGUGGCAUCAACCUGUCUGGCGGACAGAGGGUACGACUGGCACUGGCCCGUGCUAUUUACUCCCGCGCAGACAUCUAUGUUUUGGAUGACCUACUGGCGGCAGUUGAUGCACAUGUCGAGCGGCAUCUGAUCGAAAAUGUGCUUGUUGGCAGUGGAGUGAUCAGCGACAAGACGCGUAUCCUGGUCACACACGCCGAGCAUGUCGUCCCGCUGGCGGAUAAGGUCAUUGCACUGACAAACGGCGUAGCAGAUAUCGUGGAUCAGCAUCCUGUGGCGUUUACUCAAAGCCCGCCAAAAUCGCCGUCAGAGGAUUAUGAAGAUUUGUCCAAGAGCAGUGAUGGAGGAUCUGGCCAAUUCACCCUUGACCCGGAGAUUGGCGUCCCGCAGUUUCAGUGGUCGUACAUGUGGCGAUAUCUGAGGAUGAGCGGAUUGCAUAUUGUUGGAGUAACAUUUGCGAUCCAAGCAGCUGGUGCCUAUGCGACGUUCUAUGUUGACAGCUUGCGCCUGAACUUGGUCAUGGACAACAAUAGGGAGAGUAUGGUACAAUCGCUGCAAACUUAUCUGCUCAUGAACGCCUUGGUCAACAUGCUCCAGGUUCAGAUUGACAUGUUGAUCAGCUGGAUUCGAACUGGAUUGUGGUCGACCCGUGUAAAGGAACAUACUCGUAAGAAGGUACUUGACACACUGCUAUAUAUGCCGUUGUCGCAGUUUGAGAGCCUCCCGAGUGAAAAAAUGUCCUUCCUUUUCCAUCAGGACCGGAGACUCCUUUGCGAUUUUCUUCCAGACGACAUUUGUCGCCAAUCUCUGGGGAUAUUCUAUGCCAUCAACGCAGUUGCGCACGGAAUGCGGCGAAUGCCACAGAUGCUUUUGGCCGUAGUGCCUCUGGUUGCCGUAUUGGCAGUGGUUAAAGGAACGAUCAGCGCCACAGAGAAAAGGGCUACUGAUGCGUUCUAUGGGACAUCCAAAUUUAAUCCUAUGACGAUGUUCCGCGUGGUUUUGGGUGGCCAAGAGGUAAUGCGUAUCCACAGAGUCCUUGGUGCGCAUCUACAGGUGUGUGCAUCUAGCAUUGCUACAUACAGCGUGAUAUUGUGGCAACAUCGACUGCUAGAUAUUAUGAGCCUGGUGGUUGAUGGCCUUGCCACUGUAACGCUCAAGUCGGCCAUUCUAUUCUAUCUGGUUUGGAGGUCGUCUAUCUUGGGACUGCCAGUAGCACCAGGCGAGAUUGAGAUGAGAAUCAAGAGAGUACUACGUUCCAGUAGUGGCAUCAGGCGUGUCUUACCACGCCUCUCGAGAUACUUCGUCUAUACUGGGCUUCCGCGCGAGGCACCCAGGGUCAUCGAGGAAUCACGGCCGCCCCAGAACUGGCCAGCCGAUGGCACUGUCGAGUAUCGCGAGGAUCAGGACACUGUUCUGAACAGCAUUUCGUUUUCAGUUGGUUGCAAGGAGAAAGUUGGCAUCGUCGGGCGCACUGGUGCUGGCAAGUCGUCGCUGACAUAUGCACUGCUACGCAUGAUUGAACCAGCAGGUGGUUCAAUCUUCAUCGACGGGGUGGAUAUCUCGACAAUUGGCCUCCAGGACCUUCGUUCCAAGAUCAGCAUUAUCCCUCAAGAUCCAGCUCUGUUUGUCGGUACAAUACGCGAGAACCUGGAUCUGCUGAAUGAAUUCGCUGACGAUGAGGUUUGGGCUGCAAUUCGCAAGGGCUAUAUCGAAGAUCUUGUCAUGAAACCAUCCCAGAUAUACGCCAAAAAGGACAAGUUCAGCGGCCCGUGGGUCGAAGGAACGGGUCUGGAUAAAUGGAUCGAAGAUGGUGGCAAGAAUUUCAGCGUCGGAGAGCGCCAGCUCAUUAGUCUGUGCCGUGCACUACUUUGGAAGCGCAAGGUCUUGAUUCUCGAUGAGGCGACGGCGAAUCAGCAUGUUAUCCGCAAGGAGACGGUCAUGGACAGCAACAGGAUCCUGGUCAUGGAUCAGGGCAAACACACGGACUCGCUAUUCAAAAGCCUUGUUGAGAGCAUGGAGUUUAAUGAGAAGCGCUAAAAGACGACUACUAAUAAAUUCAAAUGCGUUGGUCAUUGCUGCUGAUGGUUACAGCUUCAAGCAUU